AUGGCCACCGUCAGAAUAUGUGUCUGCGGUGAUGAGGGUUGUGGUAAGUCCAGCCUUAUCACGUCUCUCGUAAAAGAUACCUUCGUCAGCAACCGAAUCCAAGCCGUCCUCCCUCAAAUCACCAUUCCUCCAACACUGGGAACCCCUGAAAAUGUUACCACUACCGUCGUUGAUACCUCUGCCCUCCCGCAAGAUCGCGCAAACCUCGCCAGAGAAUUGAGAAAGUCCAAUGUGAUCCUCCUGGUGUAUUCCGACCACUACAGCUAUGAAAGAGUUGCGUUGUUUUGGUUGCCCUACUUUCGUUCUCUGGGUGUCAAUCUGCCCGUUAUCCUAUGUGCCAACAAGUCGGACCUGGUGACAAGUAGCACCUCCUCACAGAUUGUGGAAGAGGAGAUGCUUCCUGUCAUGUCCGAGUUCAAAGAGAUUGAUUCGUGCAUUCGAACCAGUGCCCGUGAACACUACAAUGUCAAUGAAGCAUUUUUCUUGUGCCAGAAAGCUGUUACACACCCCAUUGCACCCUUAUUCGAUGCGAAAGAAUCAGCCCUCAAACCUGCCGCAGUAGCUGCUUUGCUUCGAAUCUUCUACCUCUCCGACAAGGACAAAGAUGGUUACCUGAGCGAUAAAGAGAUGGAAGAUUUCCAAAUCAAGUGUUUCGACAAGGGGUUGAGUCCUGCCGACCUGCACCAUAUCAAGGAGACCAUUGAAAAUCACAUUCCCGGAGCGGCAUCAAGUCGAGGAAUCAACUCCCAGGCUUUCUUGUUGCUCAACAGACUGUACGCGGAGAAAGGUCGUCACGAGACAAUCUGGGCCAUUUUGCGGACCUUCCAGUACACUGACAGUUUAUCCUUGCAAGAAUCAUUCCUGCAUCCCAAAUUUGAGGUCCCCGAAUAUGCAUCUGCCGAACUGUCCCCUGCCGGGUACCGAUUUCUCGUGGACUUGUUUCUUACCUCCGAUCGCGAUAACGACGGCGGUCUGAGAGAUGAGGAACUGGCAUCACUUUUUGCCCCGACACCGGGAAUUCCUCAACUUUGGAUUGACAACAAUUUUCCUUCUUGCACUGUGCGGAAUGAGGCUGGUCAUGUCACGCUGCAGGGAUGGUUGGCCCAAUGGUCAAUGACCACCUUCACCUCACCGAGGACAACGCUGGAGUACCUCGCGUACCUGGGUUUUGAGUCCACGGACCGUUCCAACACCAGUACUACGGCUGCUCUCAAAUUGACCAAGCCCCGAAAACGAAGAAGACGGCCUGGUCGGGUAGGCCGAAACGUCGUUCUUGCCCAUGUACUUGGAGCUCCUCACUCGGGGAAGUCGGCCUUGCUGGAUGCAUUCCUGGCCCGGCCAUUCAACAAUCUCUAUCUGCCCACCAUUCAGCCCCGAGUGGCCGUCAAUACAGUGGAGCUACCUGGAGGAAAACAAUGUUAUCUCAUUCUGAAAGAACUCGGAGAGUCAGAAGCCGCCGUUCUCGAAAACAAGAACAAAUUACUUGAUCAAUGCGACGUCAUUGUCUACACGUAUGAUUCAUCAGAUCCCGACUCGUUUGCGUACAUCCCCAAUAUUCGGAAAACAUAUCCUCAUCUGGAAGACCUACCCUCGGUCUAUGUUGCUCUCAAGGCAGACCUCGAUCGAGCCACUCAAAGAGCAGAACAUCAACCGGAUGAAUAUAUUGCACAGAUUCAACGAAUGCCUCAGGGUCCUCCUAUAUCCACUAGCGUGACCUGGCCUUCGAUUCAAGAACUAUUCGUGGUAAUAUCAGAGGCUGGUGUGGAGCCUGCAACAGCAUGUCCUCGACCCCUGGAAGAUGAUGACAGUGGUCAACUUAUGAGAUAUGGUCUAGUCCUGGGGGCGGUAGUAUGCGCUAGUGCAGCAGCGGUGGUGAUUUGGAGAAGAUCAGCUUCGGGAAUGGGAUGA